AUGCCUCCUGUCGCUCAAUUUCCUGGAAUGCAAGCCCAGCAACCCUCUACUUGGGAAAAGUUCAAGAUGGGUCUCUUUAUGGGUACUGCUGUUGGUGGCUGCAUUGGUCUUCUUUUUGGAACCGUGGCUGUGUUCCAACAUGGCGCCGGCCCUAACGGUAUUGUCCGCAGCAUUGGCCAGUACAUGAUGGGCUCUGCCGCCACUUUCGGUCUCUUCAUGUCCAUUGGCUCCAUCAUUCGUUCUGAGGAACAAACCCCCCGUACUCCUCUUGCCUGGCAACUGGCCUACGCUCGCGCCCGCAUCAUGUCGCGCGAGGAUGCUUCCAAGCGUCUGUGA